UCCGUUGUGUGUGUGUGUGUGUGUGUGUGUGUGUGUGUGUGUGUGUGUUUUUUGUCCGGAAUAGGCGGGGCUUCCGGUUCCGGUGGGGGCCGUCCCUGGCGGCGGAGAUGGCGGCGACAGUGGCGGAGGCCGCGGCGUCUGGCUCUGGAGAGCCCCGGGAGGAGGCCGGAGCCCUCGGCCCCGCCUGGGAUGAAUCCCAGUUGCGCAGUUAUAGCUUCCCGACUAGGCCCAUACCACGUCUGAGUCAGAGCGACCCCCGGGCCGAGGAGCUUAUUGAGAAUGAGGAGCCUGUGGUGCUGACCGACACCAAUCUUGUGUAUCCUGCCUUGAAAUGGGAUCUUGAAUACCUGCAAGAGAAUAUUGGCAAUGGAGACUUCUCUGUGUACAGUGCCAGCACCCACAAGUUCUUGUACUAUGAUGAGAAGAAGAUGGCUAAUUUCCAGAACUUUAAGCCGAGGUCCAACAGGGAAGAAAUGAAAUUUCAUGAGUUUGUUGAGAAACUGCAGGAUAUACAGCAGCGAGGAGGGGAAGAGAGGUUGUAUCUGCAGCAAACACUCAAUGACACUGUGGGCAGGAAGAUUGUCAUGGACUUCCUGGGUUUUAACUGGAACUGGAUUAAUAAGCAACAGGGAAAGCGUGGCUGGGGACAGCUGACCUCUAACCUGCUGCUCAUCGGCAUGGAAGGAAAUGUGACUCCUGCUCACUAUGAUGAGCAGCAGAACUUUUUUGCUCAGAUAAAAGGCCACAAGCGAUGCAUCUUAUUCCCUCCGGAUCAGUUUGAGUGCCUCUACCCAUACCCUGUUCAUCAUCCGUGUGACAGACAGAGCCAGGUGGACUUUGACAAUCCUGACUACGAGAGGUUCCCUAAUUUCCAAAAUGUCGUUGGUUACGAAACAGUGGUUGGCCCUGGUGAUGUUCUUUACAUCCCAAUGUACUGGUGGCAUCAUAUAGAGUCAUUACUAAAUGGGGGAAUUACCAUCACUGUGAACUUCUGGUAUAAGGGGGCUCCUACCCCUAAGAGAAUUGAAUAUCCUCUCAAAGCUCAUCAGAAAGUGGCCAUAAUGAGAAACAUUGAGAAGAUGCUUGGAGAGGCCUUGGGAAACCCACAAGAGGUGGGGCCCUUGUUGAACACAAUGAUCAAGGGCCGAUACAACUAGCCUGCCAGGAGUCAAGGCCUCCUGCCAGGUGACUGCUAUCCCGUCCACACCGCUUCAUUGAUGAGGACAGGAGACUCCAAGCGCUAGUAUUGCACGCUGCACUUAAUGGACUGGACUCUUGCCAUGGCCUAGGAGGCAGGUGUUUGGGGCGAGGCAGGGCAGUUGGCACUCCACCCCUAUUUGGAGGGACUUCAUACCCUUGCCUCUUGUGCCCCAGCACCUUCUCUCUCUGCCCCCCGCCUAAAGUCCUGCAUUCGGUGUGUGGAGUCGCAGCUUUUGGUUGUCAUCAUGUCUGUGUAUAUGUUAGUCUGUCAACCUCGGAAUGUGUGUGCGUGUGUGUGCAUGCACACGCAUGUAUGUAUCUGUUCCCUGUUCCUUCUGGGUCAGGAUGUCACUUCUGGCUCUCAGCCCUAUCUCCUGCAACCUCAGUGCCUCAGCCUGAGAGAGAGAGGAGAUUCUCUUGGACCCCCACUGCAUCUGGGCUGCAGGGCCAGAGCUAGUCUGACCAUUAGGGCAGUCUGCCUCCUGACAGUUUUUGCAUAAUCAAGCUCUAGGUAGUAUGGGAAUGGCUACUGGGACUCUAAUGGGGUGAAUGAGAGGGGAGGCUUGCCUUUGAGAGCCUGGAUAGCCUGUGAGAGAGAGGAUGUAGAUAGGGUUCCAACUGGGACCUAGAAGCUCAAGCCAUACAUAAAAGGACCUUGGGACAUAAGAGCCAA